AUGGACAAACCCAAAUUUAAAGUCAUCAUUGUUGGGGGGUCCAUUUCUGGGUUGACCUUGGCGCAUUGCCUGGCAAAAGCGAACAUUGACCAUGUCAUCCUUGAGAAACGAGCUGAGAUAGCUCCCCAGGAAGGUGCCUUCAUUGGGAUCUGGCCAAAUGGAGCUCGAAUCCUACAGCAACUUGGAGUUUACGCCAGCCUUGAAGCGCUCACCGCACCACUGACGCGGAUGCACAUUUCCUUCCCGGAUGGAUUUUCAUUCAGCAGUUUGCUGCCCAAGAAGGUCCAUGAAAGGUUUCAUCAAAUACUAUUUUACACAGAAAAUGACAGUUCUGACCUCGUGUAUCACAGAUUUGGUUACCCUAUAGUUUCCCUGGAUCGCCAAAAGGUUCUGGAAAUAUUGCUCAAAAAGUACCCUGCCACUUCGAAUGUGAUGACCGACAAGCGUGUGUCGGAAGUACGUCUUGGGGUCAACAGCGUCAGUGUAUUGACAGAUGAUGGGGAUGUAUUCGAGGGCGAUCUUAUUGUGGGUGCAGAUGGCGUCCACAGUCGUACACGGUCAGAGAUGUGGCGGUUGGCUGAUUCUAUGGAUCCUGGGUACAUCUCCCAAAAGGAAAAGAAAGGUCUUGUGGUUGAAUAUAAGUGCGUGUUCGGGAUAUCGAAGUCGAUACCCGGCCUUGAAACUGGAGAGCAUAUAAAUAGAUACGGAGAUAAAUUCUCUGUGAUAACCUUCCAUGGCAAGGAUGGACGAGUGUUCUGGUUUAUUAUCCAGAAGCUUGAUCAGGCUCAUGUCUAUCCAAAUGUCCCUCGGUAUUCGCCCGACGACGCAGCCAAUCUUUGCGGCAAGUUGGCUGAUGUUCCCAUCCUGGGGGAUAUCUGUGUUGGAGAUCUCUGGGACAAUCGAGUUGUUGUAUCUAUGACUGCACUGGAGGAAGGAAUCCUAGAUACGUGGCAUUUUAAUCGCAUAGUCCUUCUUGGGGACAGUGUGCACAAGAUGACGCCAAACAUUGGACAAGGUGCCAACACAGCUAUUGAGGAUGCUGCUGCUCUAGCCUCACUGAUUCAUCGACUUGUCCAUGUGGAUGGUAUUUCCAGCAUCUCCGACUUCCACGUUGAAUCAAUCCUUCGACAGUAUCGAAGCCUGCGAUACGACCCUGCAAAGAGCACGUACGAGCGAUCUAGGUUUGGAGCUCGUUUUCAUACGCGGGAUAACUGGGCCAAGGCUUUCAUCGGUCGUUAUGUCUUUCCUUUUAUAGGUGGUCUGGUAGAACGUGGAACUGCGAAUGUUCUGGCCCGCGGGGAGAUGAUUGAUUUCCUUCCAUUCCCCGAACGAUCUGGGCCGGGUUGGAUUCAAAAGUGCCCCAAGGGACAGAAGAACCCACUGUUACGUUGGAGACUUCUUUGGAUUUUCCCUCUCACUUUAUGCUGGGCUUUCUUGUGGCUUCGACCGUACCAAGCGUGA